CUAGACUCGAAUUCCGGAACGCUCGCUUGAUGGGAAGAAACUACGGCAUGAAGACAAAAGUUUUCAAACUAAGCAGAUAGUGACAACUUCUCGUCAGAAAGUAACAGCGCCAGUUUGACAACAAGGAGGCUGCUCACUGUUUGAGGGUGUGUUCCCACAUCUUUUCAACUGGUCUCAACCUUGUCAUCCAAUGGCAUAUGGUAGAUUUCAUGACCACUGAAGACCCCUGAGUCUCAUCUUCGAUGGAGCCUGAUCAGGAGAUUACUGUGUGGCUGACCAGUCUGCACCUGCCCCAAUAUGCCUCCAGCUUUGCCCAGGCUGGCUACCAUUACCUUAAGGACCUCAGGAGCCUAACUGAGGAGAAGCUUCUCAAAAUGGACCAUAUUCCCACAGGUCACCGACGGAGGAUCUUAAGCAGCCUGGAGACCCUGAUGGUGGAAUUGGAUGGAAGUUCUAUGAAAGUACCAGUGAGGAGAAAGCCGAUCCCAAGGCCUAGACAAGUGUUUCCCAAGGAUAAGAAGAGAGGAACAUCAUCUCAGCAUCCUCAGGGCAAUAAGAUCCAGAUGACAAGCCAAACUGUUCCUGCAAGGACUAUUGCUGACUCAGAGCGAGUGGCCAUUGGUUGUCAUACACUUCCUAAUGUCACAUGUCAUGCUGUUUCCUCCAGCUCUAGCUCCGCCUCUGAGCAGGGCAGCAGCGAAUCACUGGAGAACUUUUCAGAAGAACCUAUUCCAGAUGAGAAUGAUGACUUUCCCUCAGAAUUAGCUUCUGUAGGGUUUCAGGGAGAAAUGGUUGAAAAUGAAAUAUAUGAGAGGUGCCCCUUCGUUGAUGUACCCUCCAGGACGAGGUCCUCCCGCUCCUUUAAGCUACGACACAGGCCUGUACCAGAGAUCCCUGAACAUCCCUUCAAACCUCCUUAUGACUGGAAUGAGGGAGCACACAGCAACACUGACCGUCUCACAAGGUCUGAGGGACCCGUCUGCCCCACAAGCAGUCAAGAAGCAUCUCAUCAAAGGACCUUGUCCCCCAUUGCCCCAUAUGGAGAGAUUUUUCUGUACAAUUCAGCAGAAAAUGAAAUGGAUUUGGGCAAAGAUGUAAUGUCCAAUCAAGGAGUAAAAGAGAACCUGGAAGAGCCGACGUUGAGAAACAAGCAGACACAAACCAAAGAAAAAUCACACAAUAACAAGCAAGCCCUUUCCAAGCAACAUGUUGAUGAUGAUGAUGAUUACUCCAUUGUCCAAGCGCCUUCUAAUCAUCCUACACCUCCUGCUCUUCUCUUGAGCACUGGACCAUCAGCUGUGGCCCAGGCACAAACAGAUGUGAAUGACAUAUACAGUAUGGCACUGGAUGACCUAACCUCUGAAAUAGAAGUUUCCAUUUCUCCCUACGCCUGCUUCUAUGGGAUCCGUAACUCUGCCGCCAAAGCAGGCUGGCUGGACAAACUCUCCCCUCAAGGGAAUCGCGUCUUUCAGAGAAGAUGGGUGAAGCUUGAAGGAGGAAAUCUCACUUACUACAACAGCGAAAAGGAGAUGUACUCGAAGGGCCUGAUACCUAUUUCAGCAGUUAAACAAGUUCGUGCUCUGGGUGAAAAUAAGUUUGAGGUGGUCACCUCUGUAAGAACCUUUGUGUUUCGGGCAGAGAAAGAAGGAGAACGUCAGGAUUGGCUAGAGGUUCUCCAGACUGCAGUGAGCUCCCAGUCCUCUAUUUCCCAUCAGCCUCGCAAAAAUAACACAAACAAGAGUGGCUACGUCGAGCUGCGUGGCCUCAAAGGAAGAGUCUACCUCAGCCUCAUGGGAACCAGCUUCAGAAUCUGUAAAACAGACCAGGAUUUUAAUGCAGGGCUGGCCAUCGCUGCAGUGGACCUGACGGCUGCGUGUGUGAAACCGGUUGAGAGGAAAGGAUUUGAGAUCACUACACCUUUCAAAUCCUUCUGUUUCACAGUGGAGUCGGAGCGUGAGCGAGAGGAAUGGACAGAGGCAGUUCAGGAGUCCAUCGUAGAAACGUUGUGCAAUUACGAGGUGCUGGAGAAAGUUUGGUUCAACAAGUCCAACAGGAAGUGUGCUGAUUGUCAGGCCCCUGAGCCGGAAUGGGCCUCCAUCAACCUGUGUGUGGUCAUCUGCAAGAAUUGUGCUGGUCAGCAUCGAUUCCUGGGUCCUGGUAUCUCGAAGGUCCGCAGUAUGAAGCUAGACAGCAGCAUAUGGACCAACGAGCUUAUUGAGCUGUUUUUAGAGGUUGGGAAUAAAAAUUCCAACAGCUUCUGGGCAGCAAAUAUUCCCCCAGAGGAUGAGCUUUGCAAGCAGCCAUCGACGGAGCAGCGUGCAUCCUUUAUUCGCAGGAAGUACAAAAAGAGGAAGUACAAGAAAGUUCUUGAAGGUGUAAACACUCAGGAGGAACUCAACAAGGCCCUGUGUGCUGCAGUGGUUCACCCUGACGUCCUGCAUACCAUGGCCCUUGUUUUCAGUGGGGCAGAUGUGAUGUGUGCGACAGGCGACCCUGAGCACUCAACGCCAUAUCUACUGGCUCAGAAAGCAGGCCAGAGGCUACAGAUGGAGUUCCUCUACCACAACAAGCUCUCAGAUUUUCCUAAGCUGGAAGCAGUAUUUAACAGCAGUUUUUCGGCUGAUGUUCCUUCUUUUAUGGAUGGAUUUCUGUACUGCUCUAUGAAUGCUGGCAAGGCCACUCUGGAUAGGAAAGGAAGACCCGACAUGGUCCGUCGUUGGUGUACGUUGGAAGGUGGAUUUCUUAGUUACUAUGACAACGAGAAGAUCGCCACUCCCAUAGGCCGGGUUGACGUCAGCGAUGUAGUGAGCCUGGCCAUCAACAACACUGAGAGCAUCACCGAAACAGGGUCAGUGUUCACCUUUGAGUUGUACCUGCGCUCUCAGAGAGUGCUGGUGUUCGGAGCAGAGACCUCAGACGCACACCAAGAUUGGACGCAUGCCAUCGCCAAGUGUUUUAUCCCUGCAAGGGCAGAAGCUCUGCUGAGGCAGGACAGUGAGCUUAUUGGCCGACUGCACUAUAAAGAGGGUCAUGACCUUUAUCAUUGGCGAAUGGGAUGGUUUGCCCUGGUGGGCUCAGAACUCUACUUCUGUUCUGGAGAUGAAGAUGAAGAGGAGGGAGUUCUUCAACUUAAACGCCUACAGGAGCUUACUGUGUCCACUCAAAUGGAGGGUGACGAGAAGAUUCAGGUCUUACUUAUGGUUGAGCGUGGAAGAACUGUGUACGUACAUGGCAUAACCAAGCAGGAUUUUGCACUGUGGCACUCUUCCAUUCAGUUGGCAGCUGGGACAGACGGUAUGGCUCUUGGCAACCAGCAAAUGAAUAAAAAUGAUGUUCCUAUCAUCGUGGAUAGCUGCAUUGCUUUUGUCACCCAAUAUGGUUUGUGUUAUGAUGGAAUCUACCAGAAGAACGGUGACCCGGCGUGUGUGGCCCAGCUCCUGCAGGAGUUUACCAAGGAUGCUCGGGUUGUUAAGCUACGAGCUCAAGACCACCGUCUAGAGGAUGUCACAGACACACUCAAGAGCUUCCUGUCUCACAGUGAAGAUGCUCUAUUGGCUAAAGAGCUGUACCCUUUUUGGAUCUCUGCCCUUGAUGAACAGGAUGAGAAGAUCAGAGUGCAGAAAUAUUCAUCCUACAUUCAGAGUUUACCCAAGGUCAACAGGUCAACUCUUGGUGCCUUGCUGCAGCAUUUGUACAGGAUCCAAAGGUGCUCUCACAUCAACCAGAUGAGCACACCGAAGCUGGCAUGUGUUUUCUCCUCAUGCCUGUUUCAAACGGAGGGACACACAGCUCAGGAGACCCGCGUGGUGGAGGACCUCAUCAACAAUUACAUCCAGCUCUUCUCAGUCAAUGAAGACCAGGUUAGGCAAAUGGAGAAAGAAAACAGCUUUAUCACCAGGUGGAAGGACACCACACAGUUCUCUCCUGCUGGUGACCUGAUAUUUGAAGUCUACUUGGAAAAAAAGGAGCCAGAGAAGUGUUGUUUAAUCAAGGUGUCUCCCAACAUGAGGUCAGAUGAGCUUGCCGUCUGCACUCUGGAGAUGAAGGGAGUGGAGGUCAAAGCUCAAGAUCUUUGGACCACUUUUGAGGUCAUUGAGAAUGGAGAGAUGGAGCGGCCCUUACACUACAAAGAGAAGAUUCUGGAGCAGGUAUUGGAGUGGAGCUCUCUGGAGGAUCCCAGCUCAGCCUUCCUGCUCAUUAAGAAAUAUUCUGGUUCUAAAAUGACAGAUUCCAACUCAGAUAAACUGAAAGACUUCAUUAAAGGAGAGCAACUCAAAUUUAAAGAUGGUUCUUCCAAACUGCUAUUGGGCAAUAAGUUUCAGGACCGAUACCUGGUGCUACAAAAGAAAAAACUGCUGUUAUACAAGGACAUAAAAAGUACCAAGCCAGAAAGAGAGGCUUCAAUAAAAUCUGUUAAAUGUUACUUAGGGCUACGAAGGAAGUUGAAACCAACAAGCAGUUGGGGAUUUACUGUUUUUACUGAAAAGCAGCAGUGGUAUUUCUGCUGUAAAGGGAAUGAUUCUCAGCAGGACUGGGUCACCUCCAUUAUCAGAGUGAAGCAUGAAGGUGACUUAUGGCCUAAAGACCUAAAGCAGAGUGCGUCGUUACCUUAUAACCUGAGCAGAAGGAGAACAUCCACUUACAGCCCUGCACAGACCAGAACAUCCAAACACCAGAGAGAGGUUAAAGGGAAGUCGGUCGUCACUACAAGUAUAGAAGGUUCAAAGACACAAAACCAAAUGACCACAGAUGAGGGCAACCAAUCAGACUCGAUGAAUAAAUUGGCAAGGGGUGAGGAAACUCCAUGUGUCUCCAGGCCUGAAAUGGUGAUUGAUAACACACUCCAGUCUCAGCGAAGAACAUCACUUCAACAUGACCCCAGCGCUCUCACCCAGCUAUCACAGAGGAAAGCCGUGUUGCCCAGCACAGGUGUGCAGUUGCCUCAAAACCUCAUUAAUGAACUAAGUACUGUUCUCAACAAAACAGGACGUGCUCUGAGCAAAGACAAUUAAAACAGACAGAAUGAAAGGUGUCUUGUCCAUUGCACUUCCAUUGUACAUGAGAAAAAUAAAACAGACCAGAUCAAAACAGAUCAAGCUGAGGUUGAAAAAGACACUACUAGACAAUGAUGCUCCAGUAUUAUCUAAAAUCUCCAUCGCUAUGUCCGAAAUCGAAUACUUCCCUACUAUAUAGUAUGCAAAAAACAGUACGCCAACAGAAUAGUAUGUCCGAAUGCAUAGUAUUAGAAAAACAGUAAGUGAAAAGUACCCGGAUGACCUACUACUUCCACCGAAAUUCUGAACUACGCAUUUGAUGGACACUUUACUAUUCCGUGAGGCCAUGGGAGAAGAUUUAUCAAUGGCAGUGAAGCAACGCAACUGACACUGGUAAAUCACGUGACAGUAACAACAUGGUGGAUGUAGUACAUCUGAAUUUCAUUCAAACUGGCCAUAUUCAUACUAUGUAGAACAUAGUUUUUUAACGGUCACAAAGUAAGUUCAAAUUUAAAUAGUACCUACGAUUUCGGUGCAAUUUCAGAUGCACCCUAUAUUGUGAAAGCUUGUUCUGAGAUGUGAGGAAUGGUCAUUUUUUGCAAAAAGGUUGGAAUUAGUUUAAGUCGACAUGACAUGAAAAUUUACCCUUUUGAAAAAUUCAUCAAAGCAUAUGUUUCUUUUCUUUUGACCUCGUACUCGAACUUGAUAUUCUGGUAAAUAAUUUAGGUGAGUAAUUUAAAUCUUCUCUCUGGUAAUGUAAGCCAGACUUCUCCAUUUAAUCCACUUAAAUUCCACCCCUCCGAAAUUUAUUUAUUUAUUUUUUUCAGUCCUGAGACUUCCUCAGAUGAUAUAUGUACAUGUUUUAAUAUUUAGAUCACUUCUAUUAUUGAUUGCUAUCAGGAUGUGAAGAGAGUUUCAACCAGUAUAACAAAAGUGUUUAUAAAAAAUUGUCUACCUUUUAAUGUUAAUUUGUACGUAUUUUAACAUAUUUAACAUUAGUCUAGUAUGAUCAAACAUUAACAAUGAACAAUUGUAUGUUUAUAAAUCAACACUAAAUUUAGAUUAAUAAAUUAUGUAGAAAAUGCUGUUAGUACAUGAUACCUAAUGCAUUCGGAAAUUUAACCUUAUUGUAAAGUCAUUUUACAAUACAAAGUCAUUUUAGUGUUAUGCUGGGUACACACCACAAGAUAAUCGGGCUGAUUUUGGGCCGAUUUGUCCCCUUCCGACAAUGAAUCCUAGGUAAUGUUCAGAUUAUCUUGAUGGUUAUACAGAUUAUCUUAUCAGAUUUUCCUGUGGUGUGAGGUGUGUUAAGAGUGACUGAAUCUGCUCGGGAGAACGUCUGAGCCAUUCCCGAUCAGAAAUCCUGAUGUGUGUGGGGAACCCUGAGGGCAAACGCGCGCACACUCCGGAGAUUAUCACGUGAAACGAAACAAUAUCCAAUCAGAAAGCGAGCUGACAGAAGACGGAAGCAUAACAAACGCAGUCACGGUGCAGCACAAAGUAAAGACCAUUUUCCCGCCAUCUUCACCACUUCACCCAAACCCUUUUCUUUUUUCCCCCGUGAAUUUUCUGUCAAAAUCAUUUCAAACACUAUCAUCGCAAUUUCUUCCUGUCUAUCAUCCGCCAUGUUUAUUUUGGAGUCUCGAGAGAUUUUGCGAGAUUUCCCGUGUUCACAGUCGGGACUCUGGUUGAAAAUCUGUUUGUGUGCUGUCUUUGUCACAUUACGGCACACCACACACUAUAGGAACAAAAUGGUUAAAUCUAGGAUUUUUUGUCCUCAUGUUUGUGGUCUCUCACAUUUUGAAAAUCUUAUAAGAUUUUAAAAAUCUUUUAGUGUGUACCCAGCAUCAGUUUAGUUCAACUAGUUUUAGUUCAAUUUCGAUAAUUUCAGUACUUGUGCUUCAAGAUCUACCAAGCUUGUUUUGUUUUUUUGUCUCAAGAGAAUUUCAUAGUUGGAUACAAAAAUAGCCCUGCUGUUUUCCCUCAUUCACAUUCCUCUGUUUUCAUGCUAGCCGAGGUUGAAGACACUACCAGACAAUGAUGCUCCAAUUGCAUUGAUCUGUUUAGAACUUAUCAAACCUCCAUGUAAUGAAAGUGGUUGCUCAGAAGUGAGCUGAAUUAGUCAUUACAGUCUCACCACAUGUUUUUUCAAGAGAAUCUUGUGCCCAUUUAUAGUUGGAUACAGAAAUUACCCACCAUUCCAAACCCUCCAAAGUUGUUGAAUAAUGCAUAAUAGUAUGAGAGCAUACACAUUGAAUAUUGUCACCCAGUUUGAUAUUAAAUAUUUAUAGUUGACAUUUUAUGUAGAUUAUGAAUCACUUAACAGCUGCCUGCAUCUCAUGGUCGUUUUUAAAAUGGUAAUCAUGCACUCUGCCUGUCGUCAAAACAUGCAAUAUGCUAAAGUCCUAUGACAUGUGAAUAAACAUAGUUAAAGUUAAAUGGUUCAUACUCAACCAUUCAAAAGUUUGUGGUUGGUAAGUUUAUUUAAUGAUUUUGAAAUAAUGCUCACCAAAUGCAUUUACUGUAUUUGAUCAAAAUAUAUUCUGAAAUAAUAUUAGUUUAAAUUUAUUUUAAAAUGUAAUCUGUUUCUGUGAUGACAAAGCUGAAUUUCCAGCAUCAUUACUCCAGUCUUCAGUGUCACAUGAUCCCUCAGAAAUCAUUCUAAUAUGCUGAUUUGCUGCUCAGGAAACACUUCUGAUUAUCAAUGUUAAAAUGUUUGUGCAGCAUUUGCAGCAAAAUAGCAGCAUUUGUUUUAAAUAGAAAUAUUCUAUAACAUUUAUAAAAGUCUUUAACUUUUGAUACAUUUAUUGCGUCCUUGAUAAAUAAAAGAAAUUCUUACCCCAAACUUUUGAACUGUAGUGUGUAUGUAUUGUAAAUAUACUGUAUAGAUAGGUUGCAUCAGCAGUGUUGAAUUACUUGUUUGCAGUCAUUUUAUGAGUGCUCUCUCAACUCCUUAACGUCUGUAUAAAUAUACUGCAUAAUUGCCCUUGGUUUAUGGUCUGUUUGUAAGAGAAUGCUGCUGCCAUUUUGAUUUGAGUGUUUUUGUUACUAAAGUGUUAAUCAGGUUGUAUUCCAUGUGUUGUAUUGUCUCUGUCUGAUUUACUGCCUGUAAUCAUCCAGAGGUGUAAGUGACACACCUGCACCAUCUCCCUCAUUAAAGUUUUUACACUUGAAUUAAUUACCGUCUUUAUAAAUGACGACUGUCAGAUGCUGACACCUUGAGCGUCGCCACAUGUUAAGGUUUUGAUUGAAACAUGUCGCUUCUGUGCUCCUGUCACUCAAAGUGCAUGUGUGUUUGUUCUCACCUGUUUUCACGGUGCUUCCCUCCUAAGCAUUACUGUUACGCACAUGCUGUCGCUUUUCUCUCAUCUGAAGGUCACCAUAUGGCAGGAGUGUUGGGAAUGAAGAACCUCAAAUAAUUGAAAACAUUAUGCGUGACUUUGACACACAAAAGAAGGUCGCUGUGUAGUGGUGAAAUCCAGGCGUUUUGAAUGAAUUAGUUGGGCUGCAUCUGUUACCUGGCAAUUAUAUUGGCUACUGUUUUCUGAAAGUUUUAUUAAAUGUUUUGUUUUGCUUAUUUUGAUUGAGGACAUUAAUAGCCCUAUAUUUUUAGUAGCAAACAGUGUUGGGGAAAGUUACUUUUAAAAGUAAUGCGUUACAGUAUGCAUUACUCCCCUAAAAGGUACACUGUAAAAAACAAUAAGUAAAAUGUACUUAAUUUUUCUUUCGCAAGUUUUUGCAUGCAUAUUUUUAAAGUAAAUUUCAAAUAUGGAAUUAAGUAACUCUACUUAACUAAGAUAAGUAAAAUUAACGAAGAAAAUAAGUAAUUUUAACUUGGCCAGUAAAAGGUUGAGUAAUUUCUACUUUGUUGAAGUUUCUUUUGCAAUACAUUUUACUCAAACAAUAUAACACUGAAUUAAACCAUGCUUUUAAAGUGAAUGCUUUACUUAGAAACAUCUAACGCGCUGUGUGUGCGUCAUGUUAUGUAUGUGUGGUAGUCUUGUCUUGUGUGUUCCAGAUCCCAUUGGUCCAUCAGCCUGUCACUCUGAUGACGUCCCCGGUUCACGCUGCCAAUCAUCUUUCAACGCCCCGGUUAAAAACCCCGUAUCUCCUCCGCGUUUCCAGCUGUUUGGCUCAAUUCGUAUUUUCUAUUUGGUUGUUUGCUUGUGGUUUAUUGCGCUGUUUUUUUUUUUCUUUUGUCACGAUAUUGUUUAUUGUAUAUUGUAUGUGUGUUUAUUACCUGUUUGAAGAGUCCUUUGUUGAUUUUGUUUGUACAGUGUACAGUUGCGUUUUGCUGUCAGUCUUUCCAGUCGUCACGUUGUGUGUGAGGCUGGGAAGGUGCGGGCAGGUAAGUAAGUCGCGCGACAUACAUUGUGCACAAGUAGGACAUUUUGUUUUCUGUAUUAGACACACUAGGUUAGGAGAGAGUGCCACUCGCUGUAUGUUUUUUUUGCUUUUUGGGUUAGACAGAAUAGGUUAGUUAGGGCGUUUCUACGCCGAAGACCUUUUUCUUUCCACAUUUUCUUUUUGGUAGUCACCUUAGUUUGUUAAAAUAGCUAGCUGUGUUUUGUUGUAUUUAUUUCUUUGAUUUGGCAUCUCGAGCUCCCCUUCCCACCUCUGUUUUUGUUGUGAACUGUUAUUUGUUUUUCGUACUUUGUAAAUACUGUAAAUAUUGUAAAUAUUGAUUACACCCUUACACUUAAUCACUGUGCACCAUUGAGCAAUAAAGCACCUUACACAGAG